GGCUCUGCCGAGCGAUGACGGACACCUCUAGCUCAGCGAAUCCCGGUGGUCCCCUCGAGCGGAGCGCUCAUCGCCACAUCGCUGCCGGUGCCGCUCGCGUGUCCGUCUCUCCUCCGCUGGCACGGCUAAGCUCAGCACCUUUAAUGAAUUGGAUCCUGGCUGUAGCGGGCAGCCCUGCUGAGUAGGACGCUUUCCGCUGAGUGUCGUGGCUUGAUCCUCCCUGUGCCGAGCUUUGUGGCACAUUUAUUACGUUCGGGAGGGGGUAGACGGACCGCUGCACUGCCAAGAUGAGGCAGCAGGCUAAAUCGCAAGCCGACGGGGGUCUGAUUCUGGACUAUUAGGUUACUGGAUUCUGUGACAGAGAAGAUGGAUUGAUGAAGAGUUCGAAAGCGGAGAGACGGAUCUCUGUCUGGAAGCCGGCACUGCAUCAGCCUUGCAGUCCUGGAUUGUGGUGCUGCGGGAAGCGAACUCUGAAAGCUUGCGGAAUAGGAUCCAGCACCUCCGACGACUCCUGAUGGCGAUGACCGGGAGCGUGCAGUCUGACAGCCCCAAGGCGGGCGGAGCCAGAGCAGGCCCCAUUCUGGUUCCUGAGCUGCCAUUGGUGGAAUUCAGCCUCGCAUGUCAGAACCUGGCCAGCCCAGCACGGGACAGGAAGCCCAGCAGCAUGCUGCAGGUCUCGGUGGUAAACACGCUAGAGCGGAGCCUGGCCGCCUACUCCUGCACGGAGAUCGUCGAGGGAACCAGGGACCCGCUCUUCCUGACGGGGGUGACCUUCCCUCCAGACUAUCCGCUCUGCGAGGACACAGUGCUGAAGCUGACGGUCUACGACGUGAGAGACCGCUCCGCAGAGACCAGGAGUUUCCUGGGCUACGCCUCUUUCUCAGUGGGAGACUUACUGAAGGAGCAGCAGCUAACACUUAGCCUCAGGACAUCAGAUGGUACCAGCGCUAUGGGGGCAGUGGUUGUGAGCCGCCUGAGGAUGGGGGAGGCGCAGGAUGGAGAGACGGAGCAGGUCGCCGCCACAGACACCACGGGACAAAAGCACACGGUGGUCUGCGAGUCACCAGAGGGGUCCGUGCGAGACAAAGACAGCGGCCCGCUGAUGAAUGCAGCUGAGGGGACGUCACCGCAAUGCUCUGCAGUAUUCAGGAACCCCGUGUGUAAGGUGUACAGCUUUCAGACCACGGACAGCAAGUGGAUGCUGGUGCGGGAGAAGAUGGCGGAGUGUACCCUGUCCUUCCACAUCCCGAAACAGCUCCUCAAGCUGUACAUACAGGAAGACAUGACCAGGAUACAGGAGCUAAAGGGUUUGGGAGACCUCUCCCCGCACUGGGACAACCUGCGCAAGGAGGUGGUGAUCCACCUGGGCCAGGCCAUCAGCAGCUACCAGGAGGUCCUGACGGAGCUCAGCAAGAUGGGAGGAACUUUUUUCAAGCCAAGCUGCUGUAAGGCUGAGAAAUACCUGGACUUCAUCCCCAUAAACCUGCACACGCAGAGGAUGCAGGUCACCAGCCCAAAACAAACAGAGACGGCGUAUGACAUCAUCACGGUGGGCGCCCCAGCUGCACACUCCCUGGGCUUUAAGAACGGGGGUCUUCGCAGACAGCUGGUCAGGUUUGAGGCCGAGAAGAAGAGCUUCAGCACCACGUACCAGUGCAUCUACUUCUCCCCUGAGGACACAGCCAAGGCUCGGGGGGUCCUGGCCAGCCUCAGUCAGCUGCAGCCCCUGAUCUUCAGCCUGGCCGACCAGCUGAUGCAGGCCGCCCAGCAGCGCUCUGCAGAGAGCCUGAAGGAAGCGCUCAAAACGCUCUGCGACACGACGGAGCGGUUCGUCCAUGCCCUGAAGGACAAGCUGGUGAAGACCGCCCUCCUGGCACUGCAUGCAGCACGGCCCGACUACGUCACCGACUGUGUGGGCACCAACGGCUCCCCCCCCAGGGAGGACGGCCCUGCGCUGCUGAAGAGGCAGAACUCCGUCCCCCCUCGCGUGGACUACGAUGAGGAGGAAUGGGACAGAGUGUGGACAAAUGUGGCCAAGAGCCUGAACUGCAUCAUCGCCAUGGUGGACAGGCUGCAGGAGUCCGACAACGAGCAGGCGGUGUCCCCGGAACCCGCGUUGGCGGAUGUCAUCACCUCACACACGCCGGACGCAGAUGGGUGGCAAGAGAAAAUUUACCCCUUAGUGGUCACGUUGAAGGACUGCGUGAUGGAGGUUGUAGACCGAGCGAAGAAGUCCAUGACGUUCGUCCUCCUGCAGGAGGUAGCGUGUAGUCUCCCUCAGGGUCUGCUGCUGCGGCAGAGGAGGGACACGGUCUUCAGUCAAGCGCUCACCGCCCUCUCCUGUGGGUUCAUCACGAGGCUUAAUGCUGGGAUGCAGGAUGGGGGCUUCUUGCGGCAGCUUCACCUGGUGGGAGUGCUGGCCCAGUUUGAGAGUCUGCUCAGCACAUACAGUGAGGAGAUUGGCAUGCUGGAGGACAUGGAGGUGGGGAUUGCAGAUCUGCACACUGUAACGUUUAAAAUCACCGAGGCUAAAUCCAGUGACGUGGUGGAUCUGCAGCCUAAAGUCUGUGGCUGGAGGGAAUGUUACACCGUGGAGGUGCCUCUGCCACGCUGCAUGUUCAAGCUCCUCCCUGCUGAGGUCAGGGGCCAGCUGCUGCAUGUUUACCCCGUCCUGUUUAAUGUGGGAAUCAACCAGCAGCAGACACUGGCUGAGAGGUUCGGUGACAUAUCCUUACAGGAGAGGAUAAAUCAGAAAAGCCUUGAGAACUUGGAAAACUAUUACAAGUCAUUAAGCGAUAACAGUCCAUCAAAAUGUCUGCCUUCUUUCCAGAUGCAGACCAACCUGGAGGAGUUACUGGGAACUCUCAGUCAGCACAUCGCAUCUCGGAAGAAAAAGAAUGUGGAGAUCCUGUGGUUGGCGGGAGUGAUCUGCAGGAGGCUCAAUGGCAUUCGGUUCACGAGCUGUAAAAGUGCCAAAGACCGGACGUCGAUGUCGGUCACGCUGGAGCAGUGCUCGCUUCUGAGGGACGAGCACCAGCUGGACAGUGAGCACUUCAGCCGGGCCCUGGACUGCAUGCGCAGCAGUCGGCUGUCCCGGGCGGAAAGCACUCACUGGCCUGUCCCUGAAACGGGCUCCAUAGCAGAACCCAAACCCGCCUCCCGCCAUUUCUACCCUGUAGCUCUUCUCCUGGUCAGCUCACACUUGCUGGUUGUGUGGCUCAUAUUAAGUCUCGUUUUUCUGCUUGCAAAAUAUCAAUAAACUGCAAAUCAUGCAAUAAUUACAGUUUACUGUGUGGUUUAUUGAAUGUCAUGGUCUUCAUAUAUAUAUAUAUAAACUAAAUUCCCAUUAAAGACCUCUAUGACCAAUGUCUUGCACUUUGCAAAAUAAAAGACAUAAUCUCCUUCUUUCACAAUAAGGUUGCUGGGCUUCGUAAAUGUUAAGUUUAACCAGUACUAUCUUAACCUUAACACUUAAUCACAUUUUGUUACUAAACCAAAAAUAGAAUUCUGGAUAAUAAAGUGAAGUACAAUUCCCAUUUCCUAUUUAUCUUUUUCUUUUCUUUUCCCUGUGGAUAUCUGGCAGUUUGGUCACGAGUGAUUGCAUGCCUUCCUGCAAAUCAUUCCAAGGUUUACUUCUCAAUAACCUGAAAUAUACAAGCAUUUUUUUCCUGGGCUUAUUCAGCAGUCAAUUG